AUGGCAACAUUCGAAAUAAUCGAAAAAGAAGUAAACAAUGCGAGGGAUAGAUUGAAUAAGGCGGAGGAGAAGUUAGAGGAAUUCGAAAAGAGGUGGAAAGAAAAGAAAUUAUGGGAGUUGGGGAAGAAGUUGGAACAUAGAGAAGAAAAAAAUGAGGAGCAGAGGCAAGUGUGGAAAAGACAGCGAGACAUAAUGCAAUUAUUGAAAUUUGGUGAAGAAAAAGCCUCCAGGUGCCUCUUCUACACAGUUAUAUUGAUGCACCCAAUCUUUGGUCAAUUUGUGGAUGAUUGUAAAGAUGGAAGGCCCGCUUCAGAAGAUUUUCUGUUUAUUUUGAAACUAUCAUACUAUAUGUCUAUGUUCUAUAAUAGUGAGAGAGAACGUGCAGAGAAUCGUUAUACAACAUAUGGAUCUUUAAUAGCAGGCAAAUAUUAUUAUGCUAAUGUGGAAGCCAAAGUUAAACUCGGUUCAGGUGGAGAACCUUUAUUUCUAACAACUAUCUAUUAUUUAAAUAUGGUGCGUGAGAAUGCAAUGAAAUACCCUGGGAUCUACGGCUUUUCUGGGUCAACAUGUCCAAAAAAAGUUCAUAUGGACCCAUUAACUCCUAUGUUUCCCCUUGCUUGGAAUCCUUAUGAGAAAGAUUUGGGAGAUACAACUGUUUAUUUUAAAUAUGUGUUGCAACCCAUAAAGGAAAAGUUGAUUUUCUUUGCUAAAAAUGACAUGGAUAAAAACAUUUGCAUCAAAUUUGUUCAUCAAUACUCAGCAGAUGCUCACAAUCAUUGUACUAACAAAGCUUAUGCACCUCAUCUUCACAGUUGUGAACAUAUUCCUGGUGGAUGGUUAAUGAUAAUCAUAGAUCUGAAUGCAUACUUCACAUAUGAUCCAUGUUCUCGCAGCUUUCCAUCUGUUGAUGAAGUUAAAAGCAAGAUUAAUGACAUUGUUAAGCAUCUUCAUGAGUGUGACUGGGUUCAUGGAGAUUUGCGUAGUGUUAAUUUCUUGGUUAGAAUUAAUGGAAAUAAUAAUUUACCCCUUGUUAUGCUGACAUCACUGGUGUGCGCCGGUCAAAUGAAGUUAAGGGUGGAGAGCUGA